AUGCGUGCGCAGGCAACAUCCGCUGCAUCGACGCCGCCGCCCACAACAAGAGGCACAGAGACAUUGAAAGAGGCUGACAAGGACGACGCCAUCCCCCUGCCUCGCCUGAUUCAUGCGCUACAUAGCACGGCCCAUGUGUCCGUUACAGAAGCUAUGACAACCGUUCAUGCCUUGGCACAAAGCAAGAGAUGCACAAGAGCACACCUGCGCCGUAUCUCUGCGCCUGAAUUGGAAGAAAUUGGCGCGCCGUGCAAAGGAGCCACGCGUGAUCGCAUAGUACAGGUCCUGCAGAGCGUAGCGCUGACGAACGACAGCACGAGUCUAAGUGAAGCGGAACGAAUGGAAAAACAACAGCGUCUACGUACAGAAGCCCAAGUACGCCGUGAAUGGGGCAAUGUAGCUACGCCAUCUCGCGUGGGGGUGGACCAUGAAAGCGAAGAUACCUUUGAUUUCCACCCCGUUUUGGACGAGAGUACGCUUCGUGGCCGCCAUGUGGUGGUGAACCGGGCGCCUGUAAUGACAGCAUGGGCCGUGGUCGUAUUGCAGCAGCUGGGGUUUGGUAUCAACGAGGCCUUGAGCCUGGCACAGUGCUAUGUAAGCCUCGCCGCGGAAGCACGGGCACGCACGCUGCAGCGUCCAGAAGCGAUGCACAGUGGACGGACGCCACUGACAGUGAGUGAAAACCAGCCACAUAUCGAGUUCUUGCACACAAAGAUCCCAGUGAUCUGCCUACGCAAUGGCCAGUAUCGAGGUCUGCAUGCAGGGGAUAUUGUACCGCCCUCGCGAGCGUUUGAGUAUCUGCGUCGCUCCAUGUUCCAGACCUUGCCACAAGUGAUGGGGGCCCUAACGCUGCUCGCCAAUUCGUACGUGGAUCGAGAUGGAUCGACAACGGCCUUGCAAACGGCCGCCUAUGGUCUGUACGCGGACUUUCGCCCAGAGACGCAUGGCGAGUGGGGCAAGCGUGCGACACUCUCUCUCGAUACCAUCCUUGCGCUGCGUCGGCCGCCUGCGCUUACGGAAGAGAAACAACCGCAUCGCAAGGCCGAAGACGAUCAAGGCAGUGCCACGCCGCCGGCACGUGAGAAGCAGGAAGAGAGUGUGACACAGACUGUGGACGGAACUAUAAGCCAACUAGGCUAG